AUGCCUAUUACAUUACAUCUAAGAGCUGAGACCAAGCCUAUGGAGGCUCGUGCUGCCCUAACCCCAACCACCGUACAACAACUGAUUUCUAAGGGUUUCAAGAUCUAUGUCGAGGAAUCCCCACAAUCUACUUUCAAUAUUAAUGAAUAUAAGAAAGCCGGUGCUAUCAUUGUUCCAAAAGGUGAUUGGAUUUCUGCUCCUCGUGACAGAAUCAUUAUCGGAUUGAAGGAAAUGCCAGAAGAAGAUAAAUUUCCUUUAGUACACGAACAUAUUCAAUUUGCUCAUUGCUACAAGAAUCAAGAUGGUUGGAAGGAUGUGUUGAAGAGAUUUAUUAAUGGUAAUGGUACAUUAUACGAUCUUGAAUUUUUAGAAAACGAUGAAGGUAGAAGAGUUGCUGCCUUUGGGUUUUAUGCAGGUUUUGCUGGUGCCGCGUUAGGUUUAAAGGAUUGGAGUUUUAAACAAACUCAUUCUGAUAGUGAAGACUUACCAGGUGUUACUCCAUUUCCAAAUGAACAAAGUUUAAUUAAAGAUAUUAAAAAAGAUUAUCAAGCUGCUUUAAAGACUGGUGCAAAGAAACCAACUGUUUUAAUAAUUGGUGCUCUGGGAAGAUGUGGUUCAGGUGCUAUUGAUUUCUUACAUAAAGCUGGUGUUCCAGAUGGUAAUAUUAUUAGAUGGGAUAUGAAGGAAACUGCUAAAGGUGGUCCAUUCCAAGAAAUUGCUAACGCUGAUAUCUUCAUCAAUUGUAUAUAUUUAUCCAAGCCAAUUCCACCUUUCAUUAAUUACAAAUUAUUAAAUAAUAGAAAUAGAAGACUAAGAACCGUUGUGGAUGUCUCUGCUGAUACUACCAAUCCACAUAACCCUAUCCCAAUUUACAGUAUUGCCACAGUUUUCAACAAACCAACCGUCAGAGUAAAUACCACAGCUGGUCCAAAAUUGUCUGUGAUCUCAAUUGAUCAUUUACCAUCCUUGUUACCAAGAGAAGCAUCUGAAUUUUUCGCUAGAGAUCUGUUACCAUCUUUGGAACAAUUACCAGAGAGACAAACAGCACCAGUAUGGGUCAAGGCCGAAAAAUUGUUUGAAAGAAACUGUGCUCGUUCUUACAGAUCCUCUAAAUUGUAA